AUGCCCACCUCGUCGCCUUAUCCUUCUAUAGAUGUGCCCAAUUUGGAUAUCUGGGCCUUUCUCUUUGAAAGAAAGGAUAAGCCUUAUCCCGACGACAAAGUAAUCUACCUGGACGCCAAUACCAACCGCUCCUACACGUAUGCCCAAGUGAAAAGCACCGCCAUCGACUUCGGCAAAGGCCUCAAGGGCCUCUGGGAUUGGCAAAAAGGCGAUGUCCUCGCCGUCUUCUCACCCAACUGCAUCGACACGCCUGCAAUUACCUGGGGUUGCCACUGGGCGGGCGGAAUAAUCUCCCCCGCCAACCCCACUUACAGCGCCGAGGAGCUCGCCUUCCAGCUAAAGAAUGCCGACGCCAAGGCCGUCGUCACGCAGCUGCCGCUGCUGCCCGUCGUGCAGAAAGCUGCCGCCGCGGCGGGUGUGCCGGAGGAUCGGAUCAUCGUCAUGGGCGACGGCCGGGAUCCGCAGGGCGGGGUGAAGCACUUCACCAGCAUACGCAACAUCUCGGGCACGGCGCGCUUCCGCCGCACGAGGCUGAACCCCGAAGAAGACCUGGCAUUCUUGGUCUACUCGAGCGGGACGACGGGUCUGCCAAAGGGCGUGAUGCUCACGCAUCGGAACAUUGUGGCCAACGUGCUGAUGAACAGGGCGCUCGAAGGCGUGAAUCUCGAGUGGAGCAAGGAUAAGAUCAUCGCCUUCUUGCCCUUCUUCCAUAUCUACGGCCUCACGUGCCUCGUCCACCAUGGCAUGUACACGGGCGUGGAGCUCGUCGUCAUGGACAAGUUCGACCUCGAGAAAUUCUGCAGCAACGUGCAGACGCACAAGGUGACCUUCGCCUAUCUGGUGCCGCCGGUGGUGUUGGCUCUGAGCAAGUCGCCCGUGGUCGACAAGUACGACCUCAGCUCGCUACGCAUGUCCAACUCGGGCGCGGCGCCGCUAACGCACGAGAUUGUCGAGGAGCUAUGGAAGAAGCGCAAACUGAAGGUCAAGCAAGGCUAUGGGCUCAGCGAGACGAGCCCGACGACGCAUACGCAGGAGUGGCACGACUGGGACAAGAAGAUCGGCAGCGUGGGGAAGCUGAUGCCGAAUCAAGUCGCCAAGUACAUGAGUCCCGAGGAGAAGGAGGUGCCGGUGGGUGAUACGGGCGAGCUGUGGGUCAAGGGGCCAAACGUGUUCAAGGGCUACUGGAAGAACGAGGAGGCAACGAGGAAUGCCUUGACCGACGACGGCUUCUUCAGGACGGGUGAUGUGGGCCACCAGGAUUCCGAGGGCCACUUCUACAUCACGGACCGAGUGAAGGAGCUGAUCAAGUACAAAGGGUUCCAAGUGCCGCCUGCUGAACUUGAAGGCUUGCUUGUUUCGCAUCCCUUGGUCGAGGACGUGGCAGUCGUCGGUAUUUACGACAAAGAGCAGGCCACCGAGGUGCCCCGCGCCUACGUUGUGCCGGCCAAGGCCGUCGAGGCCAGCCCGAAGACGGAGAAAGAAAUAAUAGAGUGGUUGACUGAAAGGGUCGCGCACCACAAGAGGUUAAGAGGCGGCGUACGGUUUGUCGAUGAGAUCCCGAAGAGCGUGAGUGGCAAGAUCUUGAGAAGAGUGCUCAAGGCGAGGGCGGCGGAGGAAGAGAAGGGCGGAAAGGCGAAGCUCUAG